UCUCUCUCGGCAAAUGCAAAACAGUGCCUAAGAAAAAACGCGAAUCUUUCUCUCUCUUCUACAACCUUUUUAAUAUUCUCUCUCCUCCUCCUCUCUCUCUAGCCCCACGCCCCCACGAAAACGAAAUCGAACUGCACAGAAAAAAAUACUAAAAAUUACAAACUCUUAAAAAACGGAUCCGAACAAAAAAUUGAACCCUAACCCUAGAAAACGGCCCUUAUCCUCUUCGUCUUCAAUCUCCGUUCGUUCGUCCGUCUUUCCCUCCGAGUCACCGAACGAAUCUCGAUUGGUUCUUCUGCAACGCUACGUGGUAGGUUCCGCACUAAACCCUAACUUAAUUUCUUACGAUAGGGUUUCAAUUUCUAUGAUGGAAUGUUCUGGCUAUUGUGCACGUUGUUGUUGCCGGCGAUGACCAGUUCUGGCCGAUGUCAACGGAGGAAGGACAUGGCGGCUUCUGGGGCUCAACAACGGGGAGAUUCCGCCGAGGCGAGGCCGUCACCGGUGGAUUCUCCGGCGGAAUUGCCGGGAACCUCUGAGGAUUCUGCCGUGUACGAAAUUGACUACUUUUCUCAGGCAAGGAAGGCGCUGAGCGAACGUUCCCCUUAUGAAGAAGAAGCGUCCACUUCUGGGGUGGUUACUCUGCCAAGUGGGUUAUCUAGUUUGUUGAACCGCCAUGGGGAUAACCGUCGGCGGCACAAGAAGGUUCGGUCCGGGGGCGAGAAGAAGAAGAAGAAAUCAUCUAGGGCGAGCGAGAAGGCACGUGCUUUCAACAUUUGGGACGAGACUGAGGAGUAUUUUAGGGACUUAUCAUUGAGUGAUAUCGAUACCUUAGUGGAGCUUUCUUCGCUGUCUAGGUUAUGUUCUCGUCAGUGUUUCUCGAUUCCGGUUUUGGGGACUUCUCCGAGACUCGAUAUAGUAGUUAAUAGUAGUGAGGAUGACAAGAAAGAUGCAAUAAAACUGGACUUAGAUAGUGGCGAGGAUGAUAAAAAGGUUGAGGAAGACUUGGGAAGUGAGGAAUGUACAUUAGGAGUGGAGUCAAUUGACAAUGCCGCUGCCGAAAACGAUUUGCCUCAGGAUGAUGGAAAAAAUGUCUCGUGUGUUAGUUUAGAGUGGCUAUUAGGUUGUAGGAGUAAGGUUUCUUUGACUUCUGAGCGCCCUACAAAGAAAAGGAAGCUUUUGAGUGGGGAUGCUGAUUUGCAGAAAGUUCAAAUGACCAUUCCUCGUGAUGGGGAUGAACCCUUUUGUCAUUAUUGUGGCAUGGGGGAGACAGGCAGAGAUUUGAACCGUUUGGUUGUUUGUGCCUCUUGUAAAAUGGCAGUUCAUCAGAAGUGCUAUGGUGCGCAAGAUGGCGUGGAUGAGUCUUGGUUGUGCUCGUGGUGUAAGCUAAAGCGAGGUGUCGAGGGGUCGGUGAAUCCUUGUGUGCUUUGCCCGAAUAAAGGUGGUGCUUUGAAACCAGUUGAUAGCACUGUGGAAGACGUUGAGUCUGUGCAGUUUGUGCACUUGUUUUGUUGUCUGUGGAUGCCCGAGGUUUAUGUAGAUGAUUUGAAGAAGAUGGAGCCUGUUAUGAAUGUUGGGUCAAUAAAGGAAACCCGGAGAAAAUUGGUGUGUAAUAUUUGCAAACUGAAGUGGGGUGCAUGUGUUCGGUGUAGCCAUGGAACCUGCAAGACUUCUUUCCAUCCGUUAUGUGCAAGGGAAGCUCGACAUAGGAUGGAGGUGUGCGCAAAGUAUGGAGAUGAUAAUGUUGAGUUGCGGGCUUUUUGCUUGAAACACUCAGAUUUACAAGAUAAUAGGGGCAUCUUGCCAUUAGGAGACUCCCUUUCUAUUGGCAAUACUUUUUUUGAAGCUAAUGGCCUUCCAGUAAAUAGCGAACACAAGUUGAAAAUUGGAUGUGGUAGUCCCAAUAAAUUGAACCACAAUGGACUGCAACAUAAUGUUGGAAUGGUAGGGAGGACGAUUGAGAAUGGUGUUGCAUCUGACUCCACCAGUUUUGCACUUAUUUUAAAGAAGUUGAUAGACCGGGGAAAAGUUGAUGCAAAGGAUGUAGCAAUGGAGAUUGGCAUUUCACCAGAUGCAUUAAUUGCAAAUAUUAAUGAAGCUUAUAUGGACCCUGAUGUGGUUGACAAAAUCGUCAAUUGGCUGAAAGCUCAUGUGUACACUACUGCAUUUCACAAAGGUUUAAAAGUCAAAUUCAAACCACCGAUUCCUUCCAAGGAUGAAAGUGGAGCUGCAGAAGGUUCUGUUGCUCUUCCAACAUCUGAUUCAGGUUUGUUGGAUCCUGUUGCUGUUAAGUCAGUACCUCCAAGGAGGAGAACUGUCAGCAACAUUAGGAUUUUGAAGGAUAAUAAAGUGAUAUGUUCAUCUGAGGGGGUUACUAGUGAGAAUGGGAUGUCAAAAGACAAGUUCAGAGCUGAUCAGCUAGACCAUGAAAUUCCAGGAAGUUCUAAUGGAGGGUCUCCAGAUGCUACUGUGGUGGACUUAACCAAGCCUGAGGAUAUGUUUUCGAAAGUUCAAGGGAAUGAAGAUAAACCACACAAAACCAACUUAUCUGAAUGUGUUUCAGAAGAAAUGUCCAAGCUCUAUUCGCAGAAUGCUUCUAUGUUUUCUGAUCGCUACUGUCCUCUCUAUUCUGCUGUGAAACUUCUUGAUUGUGGUCCCAUAAAGGUGGAAGCCAGCUCUAGCUACAUUCACCCAUCCAUCGAGAGGUUGCUACAGAUUCAUAAUGGGAAAUUAGUGUGCACUGGUAUUUCCAAGCCUGAUGAAGGAAAUAUGGAGCAGUUGCAUAGCUCUGGAAAAAUGGAACUUUUGGAAUCUUCCCCGGAAGAUGAAGUGGAGGGGGAACUUCUAUUUUUACAGCAUAGAUUAUUGCGGAAUGCAGUUGCAAGAAAGAAGUUUACUGAUAACUUAAUCUCCAAUGUGGCAAAGAGGUUGCCGCAGGAGAUUGAUGCAGCGCAUCAGCGAAGGUGGGAUUCUGUGAUUGUUAAUCGAUAUCUGCGUGAUCUUAGAGAGGCAAAAAAGCUAGGUAGGAAAGAAAGAAAGCACAAGGAAGCACAAGCUGUUCUGGCUGCUGCAACUGCUGCUGCUGCGGCAUCUUCUCGGGUUUCUUCCUUCCGAAAAGACUCUCUAGAUGAAUCUAUGCAACAAGAGAAUUUGUUGAAGUUGGAUGCUUUAAGUGGGAGGAAUGGUGCUGGUUCUCAGCCAAUGCCAAGAGCUAAAGAGACACUUCCAAGAGUAGCUGUGACAAGAACGUCAUCAGAGAAAUAUUCUGAUUUCAGCUUGCCAACCUCAGAAUAUUCUAAGGAGCAAUCUAAAUCAUGUGAUAUCUGCAGACGAUCUGAGACUUUGUUUAAUCCCAUCCUUGUCUGCUCUGGUUGCAAGGUUGCAGUGCAUUUGGACUGUUAUCGUAGUGUGAAAGAAACUACUGGCCCAUGGUACUGUGAAUUAUGUGAAGAUGCAACAUCUAAAAGCUGUGCGACAUCUGCUAUCAAUUUCUGGGAGAAGCCUUAUUUUGUUGCAGAAUGUGCCCUUUGCGGUGGUACUACUGGAGCUUUUAGGAAAUCUUCUGAUGGUCAAUGGAUUCAUGCCUUCUGUGCUGAGUGGGUUUUCGAGUCAACAUUCAGAAGAGGCCAAAUAAAUCCAGUUGAAGGAAUGCAGUCUGCGCUGAAGGGAGUUGACAAAUGUUGCAUUUGCCACCGCAAGCAUGGUGUUUGUAUGAAGUGUUGCUAUGGCCAUUGUCAAACCUCAUUCCAUCCAUCAUGUGCUAGAAGUGCUGGUUAUUACAUGAUUGUGAGGACUACUAGUGGCAAACCACAACACAAGGCUUACUGUGAAAAGCACAGUUUGGAGCAAAAGGCAAAGUCUGAAAAACAUGGAAUCGAAGAGCUUAAAAGUAUGAAGCAAAUCCGGGUUGAACUGGAGAGAUUACGUCUCCUCUGUGAGAGGAUUGUCAAACGUGAAAAAUUAAAGCGUGAAUUGGUUCUUUGCUCUCAUGACAUACUUGCCUUCAAAAGAGAUCAUGUUGCUAGGUCUGUGCUUGUUCAUAGCCCUUUCAUCCUUCCGGAUGGUAGUUCAGAAUCAGCUACAACGUCCCUUAGAGGAAACACAGAGGGAUACAGAUCAUGCAGUGAAGCAAUCCAAAGAUCUGAUGACAUAACUGUGGACAGUUCAGUUUCAGAUAAGCACCGUCUGAGAGCUGCUGUAUCCAUGGACACUGAUCCCAAAUUGGAUGAUGACUGCUCAACCUCACAAAGCCGCUAUAAUCACAAGAUCCCAGAUAGGGUUCAAUUUUCUGGCAAGCAGAUUCCUCGAAGAGCUUAUGCCGUGGCACGCAAUAUUUCAGAUGAGAGUGGCGGAUUGAGAUCCAAAUCUAGAAAGCAUGCAGACACAUUUGGAAAAGAGCUCGUUAUGACGUCUGAAUUACCGGUGAAAGUAUUGCUUCACAGCCUGGUUGGGCAUUUGCCCUUGUGGCUGACAUCCACCGUAUUUGGUGCCAAAGCCAUUUGCAUCUGGAUAUGA